AUGCCACCGAAACCUAAAAGUCCUAGAGCAGAGAAGAAGCAUUUGCACCUUCUAUCAUUUAUACAAUUAGCCAAUUUAUCAAUAUUAACCCAAAUGACACCUGGUCAAGCUCAACAAAGAGAAACGAGAUUAAAUGAAUUAUUACAUAUCUGUACGGAUAAAGAAUUAAUAGUUACCGAUAUGAAUCACGAUUUAAAACAAUUUGUAUUUGAAUGUAUGCAAUUGACAACAACACCAACUAAUUCGGAUUCAACAACGCAAUCACUACAAAUCAAUGAUAAUCGUAUUGUAUUAGAGAAAUAUUUAACAAAAUUGGACGACGAUAAUGCAAGAAAAGAAAGCAAUAGUUGUUCAGAUGAUCCAUAUUCGGAUAUUAUCCAAUGA